AUGAUAAUUUUAUUGAUAGCUGUGUCUGUUGUACUGACCUGCUCUCUAGUGGUGGCCAUCUUGGGAUGUAUUCAAUGCUUUGUUGGUAAAAAGGCAAGGGGUUUUUCGAAUUUCCAAAAUCCAGAUGAAGAAGCUCCAUCAACGUCAAGGGAAAAUGCUGGAUUUUCAUUAGAGCCUUCUGAUAUAGCUUCAGCUGAAUCACAAGAUAGUGAAUUGGCUUCAGUGUUAAUAGAACCACUGCCUGAUAUCUUGUCUAAAACUGUCUCUACAUCAGCUCUAAGACCUAGAAUACGGUGUAAUGAUAAACUAAAACGAGAUUCCUCUGUGAGACUGAUCACUGUUCAUCAUCCCUUUCCUAGAGUUCAGUUAACAUAUCUGAAAGAAAUAGGUUCAACUUGGUUUGGCCAGGUAAUUGAAUCAGAUGCCGAGAGAAUUAUAACAGGUGUAUCAAGAAAUAGAGUUAUUGUGAAGGUUCUCAGUGAUAACGCUACUAACGUUGAACAGAAGCAAUUCCUGGAGGAUGUGGCAUCGUUUCGAGAAUUAGAUCAUACUAAUAUUAUCAGAUUGUUAGGCCAGUGUACAGAAACUACACCAUUGUUGAUGAUUCUGGAGUUUGCUCCCUUGGGUGAUCUUAAAGCUUAUUUAAGAAAUCAUAAAGUUGGUACACCAUUAUUUAAUGAGAAGAAUUUACAGUUGAAGUUUGCUUUAGAUGUUGCUAGUGGUUUGGCUUGUUUACAUAAACAUAAUUAUAUACACAAUGAUUUAGCUACUAGAACAUGUUUAGUAACUGGAGAUCAAACUGUUAAAAUAGGUGAUUAUGGUAUCUGUGAAGAGAGAUAUAAGACUGAUUAUUUUAACAAUGGUCAAGAAUUGUUACCAUUAAGAUGGAUGGCACCAGAGACUUUGGAAUUACAAGAUAUCACCUGGCAAAUCACAGAAAUUACACAAGCUAGUAAUAUCUGGUCAUAUGGUGUAUUAUUAUGGGAACUAAUGACCUAUGCUACUGUUCCCUAUACAGCUCUACCUGAUGAACAGGUUUUAGAUGGUGUUAUUAAACAGAAACUUAUUAAGUUACAACCACCAUCUGAUACCAACAUACCACAUAAAGACAGAAUAUUUGAGGUGAUGCAGUUUUGUUGGUUGAAACCUGAACAAAGACCCACAGUAGAGGAAGUACAUGGGUUAUUACAGAGACUGUACAAACAGAGUGUCUCUGUAUCAGAGAACUCUGUAACUGAUGAUGAAUUUGAAAAAAAGUGGGAUAGUUUAAUCCCUAAAGAAGUCCAAAUACCAAAACAACAUAAUAUUCCUGUCACCUCCAUUGACUCGCAUAAAUUUGAAUCCGAUUUUACCUCAUCCAAUGAAAACCCAGCUUUAACUAAAUCCGAUGACAGUGUGAAAAGAGAGAAGUUAUCAACCACUGUGAAUGGUGGAUUAGAUUUCACUCCAGCCUUACGAUCAGAUAGUUCUACAUCCACUCCAUUUAAACCGAUACGGAAACAUCUGACUAGCACGCCUUUAAAUAAAGACAAAAACUAUGAUAAAAAUAGCAUAGAGAACAAACAUGACUCAAUAGAAGCUAUUAUGAAAUCUGAAGACGUCACGUCCAUGAAUGAUUCAGCCAUUGAAGACGAUGCUUUUGAGAAUAACAGCAAACCAGAUGAUAAUAGACAAGCCGAGACAUUAGCGACAUCGGUCGAAACUGUGACCUCGGGAGUCGUGACUGGUGAUUUCUCUUUAAGCGGCAAACAUUCAGAUCAGCUGGUCUUGUCAACGUCAUUACCAGGCCCAGAAAUCCAAAGUUAUACCAAAGAUGUUUCAAACAGCCAACAACCACAAUAUGAAAACACCACCACAAAUAAAAACCAGCCAGAAACAACUUCAUCUUUAAGUCGAGAUGAUCAAUCCAGUUUAGAAACCACCAAUGACCUCGUAAGUGUUGAGUCAGAGUUGCCCAAUUCUACAAAGGAUUCAUUUGAUAUUGUGUCGGACCUUAGUACAGAGAAUCUAAUAAGUAGUGACAAUCUGGAAUCAACUCAAGAAACCACUAACCAGACUGAACAACCUGAUAUGUCUGAUAAUAUAGAUGCAGUGAACAGUCCUAGAAAAUUGGAAGAAACAUCCAACAAAGAUGCUGUCAGUGAUUCACCUGAUGAUAUUGAAAGUAUUACAAAACCACCCACGGAUGAACAAGAAUUCAAGGAAAGUAAUAAGCUAGAAGAAUCAGCACCUGAGAUUAUUAUAGAAGGCAACUCCCAGCUGUCUACCCAUGACUCUGUUUUUGAUAACACCAACAAAAAUAACUUUCUGGUUCCAGAGUUAUUAAAUCCCACAUCAGCUGAUAUUGACUCUACACUCGGCGCUGAUAUUGAUGAGUUUUUGAAUGCAUCAUUCAAUAACAGUCCAUUAGAUAAAUCUGUUGAUAAAUCCUUAACAGAUUUCUCUGAAUUAGAUGCGAUUUUGAACAAUAAGUUAGACUUAACAAACUCAAUAGAGGAACAGAAUGAAAGUAAUGUGGAACAUGAAGGGAGAAUUUCUCCUCAUGACAAGAUGAAAACCCCUGAACAAAGGACAAUUUCUCCCAACCUCACAGAAGACAGUGAGUGUAGCCAAGAAGGUAAGUUAGAAAAUAAUGAGUGCAAUCCUCUCCCAAUCCUGAGUGAUAAAAGACUAGAUAUUUGUGACAUAAAAAGUAGUACACCAGUGAAUAAUUAUGGUAGAUACUCUCGAAAGAUUCGGCAGUACGAUCUAAACGAUGACAGUCGAGUAAAUGGUACAUGUAGUCCGGUAGUUAACGUGACCAGUGAAACAAGUAGUUCUCAAUCAGACGAUGACACUUCCUCUACGAGUGGCAGCUCCUAUAUUUGUGAUUAUAGUGUAAAUGAUAUUGAAGAAUGUGAUCAGAUUGAGAAAGUGAAAGUAGACAACAGUAUCAAUGACUACUUAGAAACAGGGUGCAUACCGUUCAGUAUGAAUGAUGAACAAAUACAAUUCGCUAGUGAACUCUACCUCUCAAAAGGAAUGAAUUCCCCGUCAAUAUUUGAACGGACCACAUUGGAAACCAUUCCAGAAGAUGAUUUACCGGCUUCCCCAAAACGUGUUGAGAGAAAUGAUGUGAAAAAUGAGACUCACUUUGAAGAUGUGUUCCCCUCUCAAGAUAAUUUUGAUUUUGAGUGGGAUGAUUUUAUGGGUGAAUCGUUAGUAGGAAGACCUCGUAGUACGGACAUGUCACCUAAACGAGCGUUAGAUUUCAGUGAUUGGAUGGUGGAAGAUGACAAUAUGAGUUUAAAGAGUAAUAGUAGUGCUUUAUCUUAUUCUAAAAAUAUAAAUGGUGUGCGAGGUAGUACCAGAUCUGAUUUUAACAGUGCUGAUUCGUGUGACAAUACAAGUAAUUUGUCGUCUGUGUCUGACAGUGAGGUAAAACGAACACAACCACAAACUAAACCCCGAUCUUAUAUAUCUGAAAUUAUAGCUAAUCGUAGUACAGGCUCUUUAACUUCUAACUUUAAAAAUCACUAUAAUAGUAGCUUCUAUUCUCUAUAUGAUAAUCUCGAUCUAGAUGACUCUACAACUGACGACUUUCUUCAAACAGAUCUCAAUAUUUCCCAUGAAUCUCGUAAUCUACAAUCUGUGCAUGUCUCAAACGGCAGUAAAAACAAAAUGGCUGCCUAUGGAACUAACCAGGUAUUUGAGCCGACGAUAAUGACGACAGAUUUAGAUGAAGAUUUGCCGCCAUUCAAUGAUUUAAUGACAGAUAUCAGUGGUAAUACAACAUCAACUAUUAUUCACAACUCACAACACAGUUUCUAA